AAAUACACGAUAUUAGGUCGGUUGAAAGUGAUCAAUUUUUUCUCUCAACUUCAUUCAUUAAUACUAAUAUAUACUAAAAAUGGAAUUUCACAUUGAAAAGAAAAAAGAUUUCGAAUUUUUUAUUAAAAGUCUAUUGGCCGGCGGUGUUGCUGGUAUUUGUUCGAAGACAACAGUUGCUCCAUUAGAUAGAAUCAAAAUAUUAUUGCAAGCACACAAUAAUCACUAUAAACAUUUGGGUGUCUUCUCUGGAUUAAAAGAAAUUAUUAAACGGGAAACAAUUUUUGCUUUGUAUAAAGGUAACUGGGCUCAAAUGAUAAGAAUUUUUCCAUAUGCAGCAAUUCAAUUUACUGCAUUUGAAUUUUAUUCCAAGUACUUAAAAUCCUUGUUUGAAAAGCGUAGACAUAUAGAGAAAUUUUUUGCUGGAUCUGCAGCUGGAGUGACAGCAGCAACAUUAACAUAUCCACUUGAUACAAUUAGGGCACGCCUUGCUUUCCAAGUUACUGGAGAACAUCUUUAUACUGGUAUUAUUCAUACAGCUGCUUCAAUUUUUAAGGAUGAAGGUGGUUUUAGGGCGCUAUAUAGAGGGUUUUUACCGACUAUAGUUGGAAUGAUACCAUAUGCAGGUUUUUCAUUUUAUUCAUUUGAGAAGUUAAAAUAUUUAUGUAUGAAGUAUGCACCAAAUUACUUUUGUUCUAAAUGCGAUAGAAACACUGGUGGUCUUGUUUUAACACUACCUGCAAAAGUUAUUUGCGGAGGGUUGGCAGGAGCAGUAGCACAGAGUUUUUCUUAUCCUUUAGAUGUGACAAGAAGACGCAUGCAGUUAGCUAUGAUGAAUCCAGCUACACACAAAUAUAGCUCUAGCAUGCUAUCAACUAUGAAAUUAACAUAUAAUGAAAAUGGUAUUAUGAAAGGGCUAUACCGUGGAAUGAGUAUAAAUUAUAUUCGUGGUAUACCUAUGGUGGCAGUCAGUUUUACUACAUAUGAAAUUAUGAAGCAACUGCUUAAUUUAGAUACAGGAACAAAAUUAUAAUUUUUGUUAUAUUUGUUAUAGUACUAUAUGUGUAAUGACAAUGACUUAAAUUAUUGCAACCUAUUUCAAUUAGGUAUAAUAUUCUCAUAAAUAUGAUCGCAUAAAAUAGGUACAAUGGCAAAAAAUUUAAUUAAUUUUAAUCUUGGAAAGAUUGAAAGCAGGCAAAAUGAAUUACAAAAGUAAGUUAAAACCAGUUAUAGCUGAUAAAAAUGAUAUAAAUCAUGCCAUAAUUGGAGUGGCUAUUACAAUGACAGCUACUAAAUUUAUGAAAACUGUGAUACGUAUAUAAAUUAUAAGCGCGCAUAAAUGAUUAAAAUUCAGUUAAUAUUGUAUGAUAUUUUGAAGCAAUAUGAUUAUAGAUACAAGAAACUAAAAUAUUUAAUACAUCUUAUAGAAAUAGUAAACAAAGAAUGAAGUACAACUAAGCUACACUCUAUCAUCUAAUGUGGUUUGUCCAUCAUCUAAUUUUGUUAAAUGUUCUAUAUUUUUUUACAACAUAAGUAGGUGAGAAAAACAAUAAGGAUUACUUCCUUAUUUUAUAC